UCAUGCCACGCAUCGUAUUUGAUGUUAAUACUUUUUGAAUAGUGACGUUCUUCGUGAACUUGCUGAAUUUGACGUCCCGGCGAUGUGUGCGGAUGUAGGAACCAGCGAGGCGAGGAAACGCCCGAGAGAAGAGACUGGGGACGAAGGCGACUAUGGAGAUGUACCGUUCAACACGCUAAUAAGCUCAAAUGGAGCGGAAUGGGCGUUUCCAAUGGACGCUACUGAGGUGUUGGAGAGUUGGCAAAGGCAUGAACCUCACUCCUACGCGCUGGAUGAUUAUAUAUUUGGCGCCGGCUUUGGAGGGAUAAAUGCCUUGGGAACGGGAGACGGUGCAACCAGUGACUUGAGUUUGAUGCCAGAUGCAGAUUAUGGAUGGCAGAACUUGGAGACGCAUCUGCCCAAUAUUGACUCAUUCAUUGUCAGCCAAGCAAGCAUUUAAAUAUCCAUAUAUCACAAUCAAUACCAACCUUUGUAGCCAUUAUGAACUCUUAAUCACAACUUGAAUAUCUAUGUAUUUUGGUGGUCCAAUGAUAAUUGGCAGAUAACGAGAGACCUGAA